GGUGUUCAUCACUGAGAAUUUCAGAACGAAAGUAGAACAGUGGACAGAAGAGAAACCCAAAAAUGCUUCUCAGCAGCAAACCUUCGAUGAUCACUCAAUCUUUGGCUUUAACAAACCCUAAAAUCAACCCUACGUCGAUCUCGACCACCACGACCACCAUCAAGUCCAUGAUCAAUGAUAGAAGCUCACAGAGAAGGCCAAGGUUGUCCGCUCUUGAAGCACGAGUCUCUCUCGUCUUCGCUCUCGCUGCCCAAACCUCUGCUCUCUCUCAGCGCCGUAAAUUUUUGAUGGAUUUGGCGACUGAAACUGCUAAGUACGUGAAUCCAAAGAGGUUCGAGAGUCGUAAUUUAGAGGAAGCUUUGAUGGCAGUUCCAGAUCUUGAAACGGUGGAGUUUAAGGUUUUGAGCAGGAGAGAUCAGUAUGAGAUAAGAGAAGUUGAGCCUUACUUUAUAGCUGAGACAACAAUGCCUGGGAAAUAUGGAUUUGAUUUCAAUGGUGCUUCACAAUCAUUCAAUGUCUUAGCUGAAUACCUGUUUGGUAAGAAUACAACGAAGGACAGAAUGGAGAUGACCACCCCUGUUUUUACUCGCAAGACUCAAUCUGAUGGGGAGAAAAUGGAAAUGACAACCCCUGUGAUAACAAGGAAGCUGGAUGAUGAAGAAAAGUGGCAGAUGUCUUUCGUCAUGCCCUCUAAGUACGGUUCCAACUUGCCUCUGCCCAAAGAUCCAUCUGUUAAGAUCAAAGAGGUGCCAAAGAAAAUCGUUGCUGUUGCUGCCUUUUCAGGUUUUGUCACUGAUGAAGAAGUUACACGUAGGGAAUCAAUAUUAAGAGAUGCUUUAAAGAAUGACCCACAGUUUCAAGUAAAAGAGGAUGCAUUGGUGGAAGUUGCACAGUACAAUCCGCCAUUUACUCUUCCAUUUACUCGUCGUAAUGAGAUUGUUUUGGAAGUUGAAAGGAAAUCAGAAUGACUCUCCAACAUACACAAUAUCUAACAAUUUCAGAAUACCAAACUCUCCGUUCUUCCCAUUGCAACACGUGUAAAAUCUAUUCAUUGAUACCCACCCAGUCUGGUGUACUAUAAUAUAAUUAUACAUGUAAAUGACUUGCAACUGAUGAUAUACAUUGUACUAUAAUGUAAUUAUACAUUGUAUAUGUUUGAAAUUGUAUACCUUCUAUUAAAAUUGAGUAUCACCUGUGCAUUUCAACAU